AUGUUCAACGAGAACUUCUCUUUCGGGUCGGCUCCAAACCCGACGGCGCUACAAUUCAGCGUUGAAGAAUGUACCUCAGCAGACAUCUCACCAUUCACAUCACGUUGCUCAACACCACAUUCUUCGCACGGACCAUUAGCGCGUCGCGACUCCAGAUUCGACGCAUACCGGUCUGCCCCUCGACAUGGAUCCGUCACAGCCCUGACGGCACAGCUGCAAUCGCACGUACUAGACGACCUGGAGAUGCGAUCACCCUCGCCGCCGCCCAUUGACAUGGCAUCCCCUUCAGACUCGUCAUCGACCAUGGAGGACGAAGGUUACUGCGAAGGUGCAGAUACCCCGACCACGACGGUCUCGGACUUCUCGUACGACUCGAACGAAAUUGAUCCGACGCUGUGGGACUUGUCCAUGUCGGAUGCGAUGGUCGCUACAUCAUCACCCCGGCCCUCGUUGUCCCUUGAAGCACAGGCCUUGUCAUCAUACACGAUGCGUCGCCGCCAACGGCAAGCCUUGGUCCGGCUCCAAUGUCUCGCUUCGCGAACACCAGACUUGGCUAUGCUCAUCGAGGAAUGCCAUCCGUCGUCGCUCCCGUUUGAGACGGGAAUCUUGAAAGCGCAUGGGCCGUCGAGGGGGAGGAAGGACUCGUCAAGCAGUGUCUCUGGGCUGGGGAUCUGUGGGAGUGGGUCGAAUUCAGGGCGAAUCGAGAAGGAACGGACGACUCCCUUAGUGGUCAGCAGGAAAUCGCCGCGAAUGAGAAAGCGGACCAGCUGA